AUGGAUCAAACUCAGCUUGAGAGUCUCUUGGCUGGCAGUGGAGAAGUUGAUGGGGACUCCAUCCAAGAUGAAACUUUGCGUGAGGCAAUGCUGAAGGCAAUGCCUGCCAUUAUAGAUGCUAGCACAAAUUUAAGUGGCAUUAAAAACCCUAAACCAGAUGGCACUUUGUUGGAGUCGGUGUCACUAUCAAAACUUAUUCCAUCCCCAAUAUUGGCGACUACAACAGGAGGCACCACACCCAUUUCCUCUAUAUCUUCAUACGCUCUACCUUGUAAGUUUUAA